GAUUGACUUAUACUGUCUGCAUGCAGUUAUGGGACAACAACUGCGAGGAUUUUGACAAGCAAAACCAUCAAUAACGGCAACAUAAGCAUUUUGGGAUGCCAUUCGCGUUAUCUUUGCUUAACGCUAGCUACUCGUCUUAGUCAUCAAGUUAGAUAACGGUUGUCUGAAUGGACAACUCGAGCUACUGCACCGAGAGCUUGAACAGUGCGUUGAGCGGCACGAAGAGCGGCAGCAGCGACGACGAUAUGGUGGAGAUAACCGGAGCCACGCUGGACUUUUCCGUCACCGAAGACGUUCAGUCUCUCGACAGGGACGGAGAUGGUGUAGAGGGGGUCCCUAGGCUGCUGGAGCUGCUGGAAGAGCCUGUCCCAGGCCUGGGGACGUACGAGGACUUCAACACCAUCGACUGGGUCAGAGAGAAGACCAAGGAUCGGGACCGACACCGAGAGAUUGCCAGUAAGAGUAAGGAGUCUACAUGGGCGCUGGUGAAGAGUGUGUGUGAUGCUUUCUCUGGAUGGCUGCUUAUGCUGCUCAUAGGACUCAUGUCAGGGGCGCUGGCGGGAGGGAUCGACAUCUCGGCUCAUUGGAUGACAGACCUGAAGGAGGGCGUGUGUUUGAGUGGGUUCUGGUUCAACAGAGAGCACUGCUGCUGGGGCUCCAACCACACCACCUUCCAGGACCGGGAACAGUGCCCCCAGUGGACCUCCUGGGCACAGCUGCUCACAGGCUCCUCGGAGGGUGUCUUGCUCCAGCCGGGUCGGCCGCUCAGGCCUGGAUCGUUAUCGUCCUUAAGUAUUCGCGCCCAUGAUCAGCUCUGGGUAGUGAACGACAUGGUGUGUGUGGGAUUGUGUGUGUGUGUGUUUGUGUUCCAGGGUGCAGCAGCCUACAUAGUGAACUACCUGCUGUAUGUAAGCUGGGCUCUGCUCUUCUCCUUCCUGGCCGUCACCCUGGUCCGAGCCUUCGCCCCCUACGCCUGCGGAUCUGGCAUACCUGAGAUCAAGACCAUUCUUAGCGGCUUCAUUAUCCGGGGCUACCUGGGGAAGUGGACCCUGGUGGUGAAGACGGUGACCCUGGUGCUGGCCGUGUCCUCUGGGCUGAGCCUGGGCAAGGAGGGGCCCCUGGUCCACGUGGCCUGCUGCUGCGGGAACAUCCUCUGCCACCUGUUCACCAAGUACCGCAAGAACGAGGCCAAGAGACGAGAGGUGCUGUCUGCGGCAGCUGCUGUGGGAGUGUCUGUAGCGUUUGGAGCACCAAUAGGAGGAGUUCUCUUCAGCCUGGAGGAGGUGAGUUACUACUUCCCCCUGAAGACUCUGUGGCGGUCGUUCUUCGCCGCGCUGGUGGCGGCGUUCACGCUGCGCAGCAUCAACCCGUUCGGGGACAGCCGCCUGGUGCUGUUCUACGUGGAGUUCCACACCCCCUGGCACCUGCUGGAGCUCAUCCCCUUCGUGCUGCUGGGGGUGUUCGGGGGCAUCUGGGGGGCACUGUUCAUCCGGGCCAACAUCGCCUGGUGCCGGCGCCGCAAGACCACCUGGCUAGGCCGCUAUCCUGUCCUGGAGGUGCUGGUGGUGACGGCAGUGACAGGGCUGGUAGCGUUCCCUAACCCCUACACGCGUGGCUCCACCAGCGAGCUGAUCUCCGAGCUCUUCAAUGACUGCGGCCUGCUCGACUCCUCCCAGCUCUGUAACUACGACAACGUCAACGUGACGCGUGUCAGCAACAGGCUUCCUGAUAGGCCGGCCGGGAGGGGGGUGUACACUGCCAUGUGGCAGCUGGCUCUGGCACUGGUCUUUAAGAUGCUCAUCACCGUGGUUACCUUCGGCAUGAAGGUGCCUUCGGGUCUAUUCAUCCCCAGCAUGGCAGUGGGCGCCAUCGCGGGGCGGUUGCUAGGCAUUGGCAUGGAGCAGCUGGCGUUGUACCACCAUGAUUGGCUGGUGUUCCAAGGCUGGUGCUCCCCCGGAGCCGACUGUAUCACACCAGGCCUGUACGCUAUGGUGGGGGCCGCUUCUUGUUUGGGCGGCGUGACCAGGAUGACCGUGUCUCUGGUGGUCAUCAUGUUCGAGCUGACGGGCGGCCUGGAGUACAUCGUGCCCCUCAUGGCCGCCGCCAUGACCAGCAAGUGGGUGGCGGACGCCCUGGGCAAGGAGGGCAUCUACGAGGCGCAUAUCCGCCUCAACGGCUACCCCUUCCUGGAGCCCAAGGAGGAGUUCAGCCACAAGACCCUGGCCAUGGACGUGAUGCGGCCGCGCCAAGGCGACCCGCCGCUGUCCGUGCUCACGCAGGACGGCAUGAGCGUGCAGGAGGCGGAGGAGCUGGUGGCCAGCACGGCCUACAGCGGCUUCCCCGUGGUCGUGUCCCGCGAGUCCCAGCGGCUGGUUGGCUUCGUGCUGCGCAGGGACCUGGUCAUUUCUAUAGAUAGCGCCCGGCAGCGUCAGGAGGGCGUGGUCAGCUCGUCGCGCAUCUUCUUCACGGAGCACCCGCCCCCCCAGCCCCCCGGGAGCCCCCCCCCGCUGAAGCUGCGCAGCAUCCUGGACCUGGGCCCCCUCACUCUCACCGACCACACCGCCAUGGACAUCGUGGUGGACAUCUUCAGGAAGCUGGGCUUGAGACAGUGCCUCAUCACUCACAACGGGCGUCUGCUGGGCAUCAUCACGAAGAAGGACAUCCUAAAACACCUGGCAUCCAUGGCCAACAGAGACCCAGACUCCAUUCUCUUCAACUGACCCUCCAGACAGCACUGUGGAGCACAGGACUCCAUCCUCUUCGACUGACCCUCCAGACAGCACUGUGGAGCACAGAGACCCAGAACUGCCUAGAUAUGCUUUCUGGCUCUGCCUGUAUUAAA